AUGGCUUUUGCCAUCGUGACAUCUGAAAAUGGCAUGCAAGCUGUCAUUUCCCGAAAAGCGAUAAUAACCCGAGAUCAUAAUAGAGCUGAGUGUAUUAUAUUUGGAAUACCUCAUAGAGUCACUAUAAAUGGCUAUAAUGACGAUUAUGAUUCUUUAUACGAAUUCGUGACGAGCAACAACACAAGAAGACUGACGGUGGUUUUGGAAAGCACAUUGAAUGUUGUAAGCUCAGGAACCACAGAACGGUCAAUAGUUUCAUUGAGGAGUAGGUCAUUGAGGGACGCUUCUUCUACAAAAACACACGAAAUCAACUUCACGAAAAUUUUGAAGAAUAUUGAGAAUGGGAUACCAUAUGUGGAGGGAAUCAGUCCUAUCAUUCAUCAUCAAAUGGAUUCCACAUCCAGGGGCCAGGCAUUCACAAAUAGUAGUUCGUCUGCAGUUGUCAAUAGUGUGCCAUUCAAAUCCAGCAGUACUUCGUCCACUUCUACCAGUCAAUCUUCCACUGCUACUAGCCAGUCUUCCACAUCCAAUGGUCCCUUGGGAACAAUAAUUAUAGGAGACGCAAUUAUCGAAGGUGACUCAAUUAUAAAAUAUGUUACAAAUGUAGAAGACCCACAGUUUUCUACAUCUCAUAGUCACUUGGAAACAAUUAUAGAAGUAUACGAAAUUAUCGGAGAAGAGUCAAUUUCGAAAGACCCACAGUUUUCUACUUAUGGUCACUUGGGAACAAUUAUAGGAGGAGACGAAACUAUUGGAGAAGACUCAAUUUCGAAAGAAGUGACAAAUGUAGAAUGCCCAAUUAAUGGAAAAGAUACAAUAAUUGUAGUAGGUACAGUUAUGGAGGACGGCACAAUAAUGGAGGAAGACACAGUUGCAGUUUUAGGAGAAAUUGCAAAUAGAGAAGAAUAUACAAUCACAGAGGAAAAAACAGUUGUAGGAGAAGACACAGUUGUGACCAAAACUGCAUAUAAGCGUAGAAUAUGCAAUAAGCCCAAUAUAUGCAAAUUUUGCAUGCAGUCUCAGACCAAUAUCAAGAGGCAUAUAAUCUCCAAACACAGAGAUCAAGCUGAGGUCAGAGAGUUCAUUAUGUUGACAGACAACAACCCUAUAAAAAAAAAAGAGAGAAGAGACGGGAAUUUCAAUUCUUACAAGGAAAGUGAAAAAAUUGUCCCUGCAAGAAUCUCCAAAUUCAUCCCACCCGUCAAGAGUGCCUACUCGAGUUGCCCUUAUUGCCAAAUAAUCUUGAAAAAACAAUCCCUAAUAAGACACGUCCUACAGAGUUGUACAAAAAAAGAUUCCAAACAUUCCAGAGGUGUGCUGAAAAUGUCAAAAGCAAUUUCAGAAUCCAUACAUGACCGAGCCAAUGAUGUUGUAAGGAAACUCUUAUUCCCUGCAUUGAGAGAUGGUCCUGUUAAAGAGGCUAUCAGAUUUGAUAGUCUUCUCAUAUUGUAUGGAAAUGAGAUGGCAUGCAAAUACAGAUCACAACAUCACUAUCCUAUGAUAAGAAACCGAUUGAUCAGAAUGGCAAAAGUCUUAUUGAGGAUGAAAGAAAUCAGCGCAUCUGUGAAUAAUUUUGGUGACAUGUUGAGGCCGCAGAUGUUUGAUAACCUAAUAGAAAUUAUAAACAGUAUGCGUGAGUAUGACACACAUACAGGGAAUUAUAGAAAACCCACCUUACCAACAGAAAUAGGGAAAUUGGCAAGAGGUGUCCCAGUACUUCUACAUAACUCCAUGCACGAGUGUAUAAAGCUACUUAUAAAAUUCCGAAAUGAGGCUGGUGUAGAGAACAACCCCUACUUAUUUGGUUUGCCCCAAUGCAGAAACGAUAAAAAUGUUAUAUACAGACAUUUGAUUGCCACAUCUUUAAUAAGAAAGUAUUCAGAUGCAUGUGGAGCAACUAAUCCCAAAUCACUUAGAGCUACUACACUUCGAAAACAUGUUGCCACUACCUCUAUGUCUCUCAACUUGAAUAACGAAGAAAUACAGUUGCUGCAGGGGUACUUGGGACAUGCAGAAAAAAUUCACAGAGAUUAUUACAGACAACCUAUCAUAGAACGUGAUAUUCUCAACGUUAGCAAAGUUUUACUAGCUGCCCAAAGCACUUCACCCGUGCAUUCUUUCACUGGCUUAGGUGGCAACCAACCAGAAUUGAGCACUCCUGUCCCAUCUUGUUCUGUCAAAGCAUAUACCACUACUACAACAACAGCCAACAGUCCAACCAUAUCACCAUCCAACUCUUCUACUGCAGGACCGUCUGGAAUUUCCAAUAUAGCCCAUGGUAGCACAGAGAGUGGCUCCGAGUAUAUUGCAAGCAGUGAUGGUAAUAGUUCAAAGUUAGAAAAAGACCUCCAGACAACUCCUAAACGCAAACGUCAACGAUUGAUAGGGAAAUUGGCAAGAGGUGUCCCAGUACUUCUACAUAACUCCAUGCACGAGUGUAUAAAGCUUCUUAUAAAAUUCCGAAAUGAGGCUGGUGUAGAGAACAACCCCUACUUAUUUGGUUUGCCCCAAUUCAGAAACGAUAAAAAUGUUAUAUACAGACAUUUGAUUGCCACAUCUUUAAUAAGAAAGUAUUCAGAUGCAUGUGGAGCAACUAAUCCCAAAUCACUUAGAGCUACUACACUUCGAAAACAUGUUGCCACUACCUCUAUGUCUCUUAACUUGAAUAACGAAGAAAUACAGUUGCUGCAGGGGUACUUGGGACAUGCAGAAAAAAUUCACAGAGAUUAUUACAGACAACCUAUCAUAGAACGUGGCAACCAACCAGAAUUGAGCACUCCUGUCCCAUCUUGUUCUGUCAAAGCAUAUACCACUACUACAACAACAGCCAACAGUCCAACCAUAUCACCAUCCAACUCUUCUACUGCAGGACCGUCUGGAAUUUCCAAUAUAGCCCAUGGUAGCACAGAGAGUGGCUCCGAGUAUAUUGCAAGCAGUGAUGGUAAUAGUUCAAAGUUAGAAAAAGACCUCCAGACAACUCCUAAACGCAAACGUCAACGAUUGAUAGGUGGCAACCAACCAGAAUUGAGCACUCCUGUCCCAUCUUGUUCUGUCAAAGCAUAUACCACUACUACAACAACAGCCAACAGUCCAACCAUAUCACCAUCCAACUCUUCUACUGCAGGACCGUCUGGAAUUUCCAAUAUAGCCCAUGGUAGCACAGAGAGUGGCUCCGAGUAUAUUGCAAGCAGUGAUGGUAAUAGUUCAGAGUCAGAAAAAGACCUCCAGACAACUCCUAAACGCAAACGUCAACGAUUGAUAGCAAACAAAAUUUGGAACACACCAAGGAAACAUGCAGUUAGAAGGGUUUUCAAAAAAUUCAUUGGAGGUGAACGUGCUUUCUAUCCGCCUAAGCAUUUAGUGGAACAAAUGAUCAUAGAACAUGAAGAAUUUGGACAAUUGACACCCAGGAGAAUUCGAAGCCAAAUCCAGCAACAGAAGAAAAAGUACCAUGUUUCGAAAUUUUCCAUAUAA